GGAGAGAUCCGCAUCAAUAUAAUGCACCGAACAAUGUAGUAACUCCCACAGUUGGCAACUAACUUUUCUACCGUUCGGAGCAAUGAAGAAAUUCUUGAUUUUUGUGGCCUUGUGCGCCGUUUGCUCUGCGGCUCCAACGUCGAUUGAAGCCCAAAAGAAAGACGAACUGGAACGACCCAGUCCCAUUAAUCCAGCUGUGCUGAGCGAUCCCAAGCCACCCACGAAGCUGGUGCUACGGCGCCAAGAUUAUGAGGCCAAGCAUCGCCAAAAGCGUGAUGAUGCUGUUGAAAAGCCGCAUUAUGUCCAGACUCUCGAAAGCCUCCAGCACAAACCCCAAGUCCAGCCAGAGAAACUGCCCAGCGUUGGGGCCCCCGUGUCUCUGCAACACAAUCCCACGAAGCAGAAGCGCGAAGCUCCGGCGAAACCCGAUAGCGUCGUGGCUUAUGAAUUACUGCAGCACGAUGGUAAAUCCAAUCGCGCUGAUGUCCCAGCUGUGCCCGAAGUCCUAAUUGCCCAUAAUGAGCCACAGAAGAACGCACGCCAUGCCCGUGACAUACCCGUGCCCACACAUGUAAAGACUACAAGCGCCCCCAAGGAAGAGAAAGAGGAGAAACCCCAGGUAGAGGAUUUGAAUGCCCACGUGCCCGAAGCUGCCGAAGUCAAGCCACAUAGUCCACUGCGUCACCAUCCAGUGCCCGUCGCAGAGCUCUUCAAUAAGCCCAAGACCCAGCCCGCUGCCAGCUCCGCAGAAAGCCAGCAGAGCAACGAAAGCAAGCAGAACAACGAAAGUAAGCAAAGCAACGAAAGCAAGGAGAACAAGGAGAGCAAGGCCUAAGUCACAAUCUCAACUGGAUUCGUUGAUUUAUCUGUAAACCUGCUAAUUGGUUCGUCGUGUUACGAGCGAAAGAAAACAAAUCGCGAGUAAUAAAAAAUAAAUAAAAAUAAAC